GCCGAGGUUGAUAAUCAAAGAACUGUGACGUAUUUUACCAGAUGAUUUUCCAGUCGCGUAUCGCUCGUUUCCCAUAGCCUGAGCCGCAACCACACAUCACCACCAGCGCCACGGCCCGGGGAAUACAAGCACUCAGCGACGGCCCGACGCGCACCUCUUCCUCAGUGCACUUCUCUCCAAAUCCCCGAUUCUUCGUUUAUUCGACCGACCAUCUAGACAAACAGGGACAACGAGCCCGGUGCGCACCAUGUCCCGCCAUCAUCCCGACCUGGUAAUGUGCCGCAAGCAGGCCGGCAUCGCGAUCGGCCGGCUCUGCGACAAGUGCGACGGCAAGUGCCCCGUGUGCGACUCGUACGUGCGGCCGACGACGCUCGUGCGCAUCUGCGACGAGUGCAGCUUCGGCAACUACCAGAACAAGUGCGUCGUCUGCGGCGGCGAGGGCAUCUCGGACGCCUUCUACUGCUUCGAGUGCACCCGCCUCGAGAAGGACCGGGACGGGUGUCCCAAGAUCAUCAACCUGGGCAGUUCGCGGACUGACUUAUUCUACCAAAAGAAAACAAAUCGGACAACGUUCUAGUGACGGAGUGGCCCGGGUUUGGGCGCUUCUCCUUCUGUGAACAGGUGUUGGGAGGCAUGUUUUUACUUUUAUUCAACCAUCAGAGAGGGAAAAAAAGAUUGGAACUUUGGUUAUUUUUUUUUUUUCGGUGUUGAGGAGUUAAGGGAAGCAUUUUAGACUAGAUAUCAAGGGACCUAUCUUGUUGACCGAACAUAUCAAGAAGAGUCAUCCAGCAC